AUGGUCACCAAGUGGGCGGCGUCAGACGAGGAGAAUCAGUGGCGUCGUACGUUCUGCCAAGUGCCGUUUGGCGCCAUUUAUAAGCAUGCAGAUAAAGGCAAGCGCAGUCUUCAGGUACUGGCAGCAUUUUUUCGUCGCAAGGCAGAGGCAGAGCGUGACGCAAGCGAGCAACUGCGAGAGCUGCUGCUGCUAGACGAGAUUGGCAAUUUAGAGGAGUUUGGAACGGGUAUUAGACGCGCUUUGGUGGAAUUAAAAGGGUUUGUGGAUGGAAGCUGUAGACAGAAGCUACUAAUGGCUCAGGUACUGGACGAACAGGUUGCAGGACCCCUGGAGUCGCUUAAAGAUGCAUCAGAGACCUACAUCCAGACGCUUCAGGGUGAGAUUCUCAAUGCUAAUAAUGAGUAUGAAACAGCAGCUGAUGCUUAUAGAGAAGCUGCUAAUCGACUACAUCGAUCUACAAUGGAACUACGUGAAGCAAAGGGCAGACAAAGACUUGCACUUCAUGAUAUUGGUGUGCCAGAGUUUGAGCUACAACGGCUAGCUGCUCGAGUUAAUAGGAGUGAAGAGGAACAGGCUCAGGCGGUAAUGGCACGAGCACGUGCAAAGACAACUUUAUACAACCGGAUAAUUGCAAGAGAUGAAAUGACAAUGGCUGUGAGUGUGGCGUAUCAAAAGGCAGAAGAAGAGAGAUUGGACCUACUGACUACAAGCUUGCAUCGCUUUGUUCAUGUGGAGAAAGAGCGACUAGAACAUUCACAGCAGAUGCUGACUUCACUUGAGACCCACGUGCAGAGUUUGAGUCGCGCAGAAGAUAUACAACUAUUUAUUCAUAAUCAGCGUGAUCCAGACAAUAUCCAUUUUCAAGGAAAAGCAUUGGCACUAUUGGAUUGGCAGUGGAGCAAAACACAGGUGGAUCAUGUGGGGAAUGCAAGACGACACACUUCCGAUCUGCUGGAACGUCGAGCUAGCACUGAGAACGGCAUUUUUGCGUUACCGACGUCGUCAUUGGCGUUGACAGCACCGAUAUGCUCAUCAAGAGAUGUGUCAGUCAACACUGCCGUGUCGGAUUUGGUGGCUCAACCAGGUGGCAGUCCACAUACUGUUCUUACACAAAGUCCUAUCAGCGUCGCUCUCCGCGAGUAUUUUGUGGGAGAUAGGGAGCAUGGAUCAUUUUCACUCAAUGAAGCCAUCGAAAGCGACACAAGGGUAAAUCUUUCACGAAAACUCUCUGAUGCCGAAAACGAUGAGGCCAUUCCAUCUCCGCAGAUGUCUAGCAGUUACCACGUGAGAACGUCGACUGAGACUCUCGUUCAUGAGACGUGCAAGACUGCCGAGGGUCGGGCUCUGUUUGUGAAAUGUCUGAACCGGCAACGUAGUUUAGAGACGAAGGUAAAGGAUCAAGCGAGUUUUGAAGCACUUGUCGUUUGCUUUGAUGCGUUUCUCGACGAGUGCGUCCGUCAAGACGAUAUCAAAGCAGCGAAGACUGCUAUGAUUUUGGCUGAAACGUUCUACUACCCAAAGACACAACAGCAAGAGGCUCGGCCAGGACCAGAGAGCAAUACUUCAGAUACCAUGCGGUCUGUACACGACGGAUGCACUCAUUCAAGAGACGACGAGUCUGACAACUUGAAGCGACGGACGUCAUUGCUGUGUGCGGAUUGCAGAGACUACACGGAGCAUACAAGUGAAGAGCUGCUUCAAUACGUAGACAAAAUACACCCUUUGCUGCACGGCGAAGGAAUCAACCGCGGUGCCACUCGGACGUAUAUGCAAGAAAAAGUCAAGAAGCAUUCCAUCUGGAAGACACCUUCGUUUUGGGAGAAGGCGUUGCUGUUGGCCAUUGGUGAGGAGCUUCAGCGGACACCGCAGCCAUGCCCAUGGGAAGAACUACCGAGUGGUGUACCUAAGCACGACGGUCUGCCAUCACGCGAAGAAGCCGUGUGCCGCGUGCAUAAUAUUGUGUUUGGCCAGCUUGGUUCGUUCACUCUAAGUAUGCUUGAGUUCGAUGUUCCACUUGCACAGAUCGAAUCAUUUGUGGAAACUAUGUGCGACGCUCAUGAACUGACGGAAGAUCAGCGUUUUUUGCUUCGCAAAAACUUGCAGGAGAUCGUCGCAACGCUGCGGUGCUGA